AUGGAAGGUUGUGUCCUCUCCUGUGAAGCUGCAAUGGCUCUGAUAAAUUAUGCUGCUGAGAGAACACAAUUUCAAGGAGUUCUUGAUGAGAGUACAAAAGCUGUCGUCAUCCAAGGAGUUCUUGACAAGUUUCAAAUUGGAGACGAUUUCAACAAUGACUUACAAGCACAAGAGAUUGUGAAUAAGAAGGCCUAUGGGUUGUACAAAGAUUGGAGGUACACCUUGAAGCAAGAGUUCGAAUUGUUAGAGGGACUUCCACGUGAUGAGAUCUAUGCUCAUCCGCCCGUAGGGGUGAGUUUAGAUAAUUGGAAGCAUUUGAUCGAUGUGGCAUGGCAAGAUGCAUCUCACCAGAAACGGUCAAAAGCUGGCAAGAGUAAUAGGAGUCAAUUGCCGUACAAUCAUACCAAUGGGUCUCGCUCAUUUCCUAUCGCAAUGGCUGCUAUGGUAGCAAAAAAUGGAGAGUUGGAUUUCCCAAAGUUCUAUGAGGACAGCCACACUUCAAAGAAAACGAAUGAUUGGAUCCAUCCGAAAUGCCGUGAGUUGCAUCAAGAGAUGGUCAAUGUACAAGCGGCUGCCAUCGAGUCGGGGACGCCAUUGACAUAGGAGGAGAUUUCAAUGCAAGUGCUUGGACAGAAGAAAAGGUACUUGCUUGGAUUUGGGAGUGGCCCACAACCCUCUACCAUAUUUGCAUCACGAGCACACGAUAAGGACAUGGAGGAAAUGCGAGCUAAGGUGGAGGCACUUCGUGAGGAGCGACAAAAAGAUCAUGACAAGUUAAUGAAAGAGCGAGAGGAGCGCGAGAGAUGUUACAAUGAACUGUUGAAAGAGCGAGAGGAGCGCAUUCAAUUAUCCAAUGAGAUGUUGAAAGAGGGGGAGGAGGGACAAAAGGCAAGGGAGGAGACAAAUGCAAAGGUCGAGCAUCUUAAUAAUGUAGU